GACUAGAUCACGUUGAAAUUCAACGUGACUUAUGGUCUUGGAACGCAGCCUUUGCAAAACGUGACGCAAUGCCAACAUAAGAAUGUGUCACAUUCAAAAGAGCUGGGAAAAUGGGUGCUACGUGCCAAGAUAUUUUACUUAGAGAGUAUAACUCUGGCACAGUGCAGCAAGUCUUUGCGCGCAGUUCGAAUCUUACCACUCACGGAACUUCAACACUUUCUUAUGAUGAAAACGAGGGACAUUAAGAUGGCGUCAUCAUCAUUAUCAUCUGACGGGGCCAUGCUGGUCUGUCGGAGUGUAGAGGAGCUGAAGCGCAGGGCCCAGGGCCCGGUGAGGAGGAACCUGUUUGGGCCUGUGGACCACGAGCAGCUGCAACAGGAUUUCCAGAGGCACCUGGGUAUGAGCGUGGAGUCGGCCAACAAGCGCUGGGACUUUGACUUCAACACCGGCCAGCCGGCCGCCAAGGGCGCCAGCGUGGAGUGGGAGGAGAUGAAAUUCCAGGAUGUGCCGGCGUUCUACCGCAGCUGUGUGUUGAGGAAGCCGGUGAUUGGCAUCGACGGGCAGAGGGCGGGGAGAGAGAAUGUAAGGUUGGCCCGGGCAUCGUCUCCAGGGUUGUCCAGCUGUGGUGAGGAGUACCUGGAGGUGACCACCAGGGAGAGCUAUAGGAUCCAGAGGCCAGAGAAGAAGACGGCCAGCCAGAGGGUAGGAGCAGUCAAACGGAGACAAGCCGCCAUAACAGAAUUCUUUGUCGUGAAGAAGAGGACAACCAUGCAUCACAAACGGUCCUAUCGGCAGUAAACACAGCCCAGGAAAGAGUGCAAUUCAGUGGGCAUGCUCCGUUUGGAAAUCACCUCAUUAAGAUGGAUAUAUCAUUUCUGCAGCGUUCUGUAGCGACUCUGACAGUCAAAGAGCUCAUAGCUACAAUAUGUCUUAAAGGAAGUGGAAAUGAUGGAUAUGUUUGUAUAUAUAUUUAUAUAGCUGUAUUUCAUCUAUAUUUUCUAAGCUUGUAUUAUUGUCUAAGCUUUAGAUUAUACUGUGAAAUAAUUCAAAUGCACUCAUCAGGAAAAAACCUAAACGGCUCUGUUGUAAGAGAUUUCUUCCAACAGUACCCUUGGUAUAGUAUUUAACUCCCAACCACUUCGGCCUACACUCUAACUACCUCUCUAAGAGUAGUUCAACUAUUCCUGACCUCACUCCACGUGUCGUCUUCAGUUUCACCACGGCUGUAAAAGUAUCAGCCACGCGAGUAAGAGGCCCCGGGGUCACCUCAGGUCAAAUUGGCAAUGUGACCAUGAUUAGCCUAGGGUGCAAAGGUCAACUGUGAAGUUCCAGCACUUAGGCUAUCAGGCAUCGGUAUGAUAAUGAUACAUCUUAUUGAGCAGUAGUACUUCUCAGUAAAUGUCUAUUAUUACGGUAAUUGUUUUAUUCUUAAGCCUUUUGGUGUGAGUAUUAUUACAGAGUGAUAUUUGGUGUCAGUAGGAAACGAGCUUAAAUUAGCUGAAGUUCAUUCUCAAAUAUUGUUAUUAUGGCUAGCAUACACUUCACCGUUGGCACCACCGUCUCUGUACAAUUUGGCAAAAAUCUCAGUGCACAACUGAAUAAAAUAAAUCGUUUUGAUUUUAUUUAGCUCCCUUUGUCUUUUUAAGGUAGUAAAACAUAUUCUUGGAAACUUUUUGGUAACAAAACUGAAUAUACCUUGUAUGUUUGCUUUGUUGGCUAAAUCCUUUUAACAACAUUGCCUUUUCUACUCUUGUCUUUGUAUAAUGGCAGCCUCUAGGUUUUGAACUCUUUCCUGUAUGAAGGAAUGUAGCUUUGACAUUGUUUGGAAUUGAAGUUAAAUGGUGUUGCAGUUCACAAUAGUACAUGAAUCCUUAAUGCAUACGGAACAUUCCAGGUUCUGUCAGUACAUUUUUUUUUUUUUUUUUACGAGGAGCUGAGCUGCAACACAUUUCCAUUCCUGUGCUAGAAUACAAGACAGUUGUGACAACUGAGGGAGUUGACCAAAAAAAACAUAUUAUAUGUGAGUCAUCUGUAAGCGUUGGCCUGAGUCAAGGGACAUAGAAAUCCACAUACCUUAAGCAUCUCCAAAUCCAUCUCAGAUAUACCUGUGAUUAAUAUACAGCGUCACAGAUUCUGUCCGUUGGCAUUGCAUUCCAAACGUUAUGCCGUUCAUUCUCCAUAGCCAGAGUCACAUCGCAAUACAGUAAAUAAUAGUGGCAAAAAUAGCAGUCCUACAGGGAGUGCCUUUCCCUAAAUGUGUCAUGUUCGAACAAAUAGACAUCAUCUGGAUUACCUACCUCAUUGAGUGAUUGACAAGAAUAGAAAAAAUGAUAUACAACAUUUUAAAAAAAAGUCAAAUAAUUCCAAAAUAUUUGUUGGAAACUACAGGAGAUGAUUUGUUAUUGCUGUUCAUAGCUGGUUCCGUGGGAUAGCGGCUUCAGACCAUAGGCUUUAGUUACACAUCAGGUAAAAGUGUGUCAGAGUGAUAGGACCCAUUCCAGCUCAAAGCAGGACGGAGGAAACUCAAGUCCUCUGGGAGUCCUGAGCGUUGUUAUUUUUAUUUAUUUAUUUUAUUUAACCUUUAUUUAACCAGGAAGGGCUCAUUGAGAUUAAAAUCUAUUUUUCCAACAGCACCCUGGCCAAGAUAGGCAGCACUAAGUCAUUACAAAAAAAAUGACAGACAUGAAAAACUACAAGUAAUCUAGUAGAAACCAUUGAAUUCACAAGAGUAUAAAACAGUAAAUUAAAAACAUUGACAGGUCAGGGAAUCAGCCUCAAAAGUUCUUCCAGUUUAAAAGUAUUUUAUACCAAAUUCACCAAUUGGGACAAGUUCUUCCAGUUUAAAAGCCCUUUACCAAUUUCAGUUGGGACAUUUGGAACAGUUAGCAGGAUAAAGUCCAGCGAACGAAGAAAGUACUUUAUUAACAGACCGCAACAGAAUGAUGUCCGAGACCCUGAAUCAAAGUGGUUCUAUAGCCAGACGAGUGGCCUGUGUUCUAGAGGGCUUUUGUCUGGAUCCAAAGAGGUUCUUAUACCAGCGCCCUCUUGACUUGCCAACGUAGAGAGUCAUGUCAACAGAAUGAUGAGACUUCUGUUUACACACUUCCCCUCGCCAAUGGAAUCGAUGAUCUGUUUUUUAUUGAAUCAUAUUUGAUGGUGGUUUUUGUGUGUGUGUUCGGACUUGAGUCUGUGUGUACGUUGGUUUAUAUGCGCCUGUCUUUCAAUGUGUUGAAAAUAAAAACUUUAAAAGUC